AUGGAGCAACCCAUUCUAACACCACAUCUCCCGCCGGAGAUCCUUCUUUCCAUUUUUCGGUUGCUCGAAGGCCAUGACAAAACACUCUUAUCAGCAGCUCUAGUAUGCCAGGAAUGGUUCGAACCAGCCACAGAUAUCCUCUGGAGAGACGUGCCUCCAAUAGCUCUGUCCAAGAUCUCAUACAAGCGUCGACAGUCCUAUGCAAACAAAAUUUCCGAGUUGUACUUUAGAAAUGUUGACGAAGCCAAAUUCCAUGCCCAGUACAAGAAUCUCAAGUUUCCAAGGUUAAAGUGCAUCGGACUUGAUAUGGUGCGUCUACGGAAGAAUCAGAAGCUGCAUUUGAGCCAGUAUAUUGGACCUCGACUGGAAUCGUUUUCGUACUGGGGUGGUCACCCGUGCGAAGAUGCGCUUGAACGCUUGGAAACCGAGUGUCCUCGGUUACAUGAUCUUCAUCUGAUGGAACCUCUCGAGCUGGUGGUUGACCCAGAAAAGUUGAAGAAGUUUCUGACAAAUCGCACAUCACUCAGGAACGUUGAGUUUGGCAGAGGCUGGGAGUAUUCGCUUCCACCAGAAGUACUUGCACAUGUCUUGACUCUAGAACAUCUAGAAAGAUUAGACCUAGUGCCGUUCCUGAGGCCGCAUCGGGCGCGAAAGGUCUUUGAUCCACCAAACACAUUCAAGAAUAUUCACAUACUCCAUAUCCGACUUCAUUCUGAGUCUAUCGGGUUAUUGGCUGCGGCUGCUGCUACCACUGUCGAUACACUAUUUCUUGAAGCUCAAGAUUCCGAACAUGAUGUGCUCCAAGCUCUUGAACCUAUGAAGAAGUUAGUCCACCUCGAAAUCGAGUAUCACAACCUAUCUCGAGGGAUUGAACUGUCAAAGACGGGCAUCGCAUCUCUCGGAACCUUACCAGAACUGGAAGUUCUUCUAAUUCGCACUUGGACCAAGGGGCGCGCCCACUACCACAACAUCAGAGCUCCAUGGUUGGGAGAUGAACAGUUUGCUGAGUUCAUGUCGGGCCUGCCAAAAAUCCAAAGCCUGGCAUUCCAGGUCGAAUGCAACAUCACGCUCAAAUCAAUUACUUCUUUGAGCGAGACACAUCCCAGAAUGUAUUGCUGUGAUUUGUAUGGGACUUUCGACCUCGACGACUGGGCGAGGUCCGGGCCACCAAUCUUUCCAGAGUUAAGAAGACUCGCAAUGGACGCACCAAACUUGCGAGGACGCACAAGGUGA